AUGGGGUCACAACAACAGGCUCCCAAGCGCGGUGUGCAAAAUCUCAAUAAUUCGUUAUCAAAUACGCCCUCUAAGUCAGUUCGACCAAAAAUAUCUAAACCUAACGAGAAUAAGGAAGGAAUAAAAGAAGAAAUAAGUCCUGAUGUAUCGUCUAUGUUCGAAACAAUUAUGAGUAAGCUUGGUAAGCUUGAUAUUAUAGACAGCCGUAUGCAGUCUGUCGAACAUGAGCUGAAAGAAAUGAAGAAAUCUCUCGUUCGUCCACGCAGAGGUCGAAGACCUAAAGAAAGACAACGAAAAGCUGAAGAAAACAGACGUAGAAACACAAAAGAGGCUCCAGAGUUUAGAAGAACAAAACACUAUUUUAAACAAUCGCGUCAUUGACCUUCAGGCAAGGCCAAUGCGCGAUAACCUGGUAUUUUAUAAUAUCGAAGAAAAUGAGGAAGAAAAUACGACAGAGACCCUCCAGAGUUUUCUAGAAAGUCGUCUGGGUAUAGAAAAUGCAAAAUCUAUAAAGAUUGAUAGAAGCCACAGGAUGGGAAGAAAACAGCGAGGGACAAAGCCACAGGCUAUAGUUGCCAAAUUCAAUUAUUUCCCAGACAGAGAGCGUGUAUUGUCCAACGCAAAGAAAUUGAAAGGCACUAAUCUGGCAGUAUCGGAACAGUUCCCAGAGGAGAUUGUGAAAAUACGCAAGUGGCUUUUCCCAGAAUAUAAGAAAGCGAGAGUUGAAGGCAGAAGAGCUAAGUUGGUAAAGGGACAAACUUUACAUUGA